AUGUCUACUAAAGAUAGAUCUUCACUACCCAUCUCUCAGCCAUAUACCAUAUUCACCCGCAACCAGAUACGCUUCUUCACAUAUCUACUCGGAUACCUGACUCUAGCUUCCUCUCUAACAGCCACAAUCUACUUCCCACUCAUUGAUCUCUUGAGCAACCAGUACAAUGUAUCUACCCAACUCGUCAACCUCACUAUCACAUUCUAUGUGAUAUUCCAGGCCAUCUCCCCCGCCUUCUGGUCUCCACUCUCCGACACCCUGGGCCCCCGUCCAGUCUUCAUAAUGACCUUCUCGAUCUAUGUCUGUGCUAGCCUUGGACUCGCCCUUAAUAAAUCCAACUAUACCGCCCUGAUCUUGUUGCGCGGCCUCCAGAGUAUUGGAGGAUCAGCCGUCAUGUCGCUUGCCUACGCUGUUGUUGCGGACAUAUCGCCUCACUCCGAACGUGGCAAGAUUCUAGGUCCCAUGCUUACAUCGACAAAUCUCGGCCCCUGCAUCGGGCCUGUCAUUGGCGGUGGCUCUAUCCUAGCCUCGGGCGAUGCCAUGUGGUGUUUUUGGGCAUUGGUUAUAUUUGGAAUGAUAUUACCAGAAACAGCAAGGACAGUCGUCGGCAAUGGGGCCGUCGAUCCACAGGGUAUAUGGAGAACAUGGUGGACUAUGCUGAGGGGAAAGGUUGCCAAGUCGGAUAACAACAACACAACGAAUAACGCCUUCGUGGCCCAAUAA